GCAUAAGCCAUCACAAAACCGCGCGUAUUUUUUUUGGGUCGUCAGCAUUUCAUCUUCCUCAGUAGUUACUAUAAAAACCAGUCUCACCCUUACAAUUCUCAACUUACACACAGCAGACCCUCUCUCUCUCUCUCUCUCUCUAAAACAGAAAAAACAGAUUUAGACAGAGAAACAAAUCAUACAAUACAUACAUAUAUACAUAUACAUAGAGAGAGAGAGAGAGAGAGAGAGAGAAAGAGGAUGGAGUUGAGGAGGGGAUUGGGGCUACUGACACAGCAAUUCAGAGCUCUGUUGAAGAAAAACAUCCUCCUCUCAUGGCGACACAUGCGUUCCACAUUUCUCCAACUCUUCUCGUCUCUCAUCUUCAUCUUCCUCAUCUUCCUCAUCAAAAAAGCCAUUCAAGGUCGAUACUCCUCCACCACCAUCUACCACAACGUCUUCGAUCCCAAACCCCUCGUCUCUCCUCCCAUUCCUCCCUGCGAAGACAAGUUCUACAUCAAGUUCCCCUGCUUCGAUUUCAUCUGGAGCGGCAACGAUAGCACUCGAAUCAGAUCCAUUGUUACUCGGAUUUUGGCUAAUAAUCCUGGACGACCUAUUCCUUCCAAUAAGGUUAAAUCAUUCAGAACAAAAAGAGAAGUGGAUCAAUGGCUUUUCAGCAAUCCCAUGCAAUGCCCUGGAGCUCUCCAUUUUGUAGAAAGAAAUGCUACUGUAAUAAGCUAUGGUUUACAAACUAAUUCUACUCCGGUUGGAAAGCAAGAGCAUUUUGAAGAUCCCACAUUCAAAUUCCAAAUUCCUCUUCAAAUUGCAGCAGAGCGUGAAAUUGCAAGGUCUUUGAUUGGAGAUCCAAACUUUAGCUGGGUUGUCAGUCUGAAGGAAUUUGCACACCCUGAGCUAAAGAUUUUCUCUGCUGUGGGUAUAGUAGGACCAACUUUUUUCCUUGUAAUUUCCAUGUUUGGUUUUGUCUUUCAAAUUAGUUCUUUGAUUGCGGAGAAAGAACUCAAACUUCGCCAGGCAAUGACUAUGAUGGGUCUUUAUGAUACUGCAUAUUGGUUCUCGUGGCUCACGUGGGAAGGGAUCAUCACGCUUAUUUCAUCACUUCUCACAGUUCUCUUUGGAAUGAUGUUUCAAUUUGAUUUUUUCAAGCACAAUUGCUUUGUAGUUGUGUUCCUUCUUUUCUUUCUUUUCCAAUUCAAUAUGAUUGCUCUUGCCUUUAUGCUGUCAGCCUUCAUUAGCAAGUCAUCUUCAUCGACAACUGUGGGUUUCUCCAUAUUUAUUAUUGGGUUUGUAGCUCAGCUUGUUACACAAUUUGGAUUCCCCUAUAGUACUAACUUCACUAGUACCUAUCGGAUUAUCUGGUCAUUUUUCCCACCAAACCUUCUUGCUGAAGGUAUUAUAUUGCUUUCUGACGCAACUGCCACUUCCGAAGAUCCUGGAAUCAGUUGGAGUAGAAGAGCGAAAUGUGCACCAAAUGAUACGGAGUGUGUGUUCUCAAUUAAUGAUAUUUAUAUAUGGCUCAUAUCAACAUUUGUACUGUGGUUUGUUUUGGCAAUCUACUUUGACAAUAUUAUCCAAAACUCAUCUGGUGUGAGAAAACCAGUAUUCUACUUUCUAAAUCCUGGGUAUUGGACAGGGAAAGGAGGAAACAAGGUGACAGACAGCGGCAUUUGUAGCUGCACAAGUUCAGUUCCCUCGCUGGAAAAUAUUACUCUAGAUGAUGAGGACGUACUUGAAGAGGAAAGCACUGUGAAGCAACAAGCAAUGGAAGAUGUAGUUGAUCCAAAUAUUGCUGUUCAAACACGUGGUCAUGUGAAGUUAUAUCCUGGUAAAACAAAGAUUGGUUUCUGUAAAUGUAAGAAGACCUCACAUUAUCAUGCUCUUAAGGGCUUAUGGGUGAACUUUCCAAAAGGCCAACUGUUCUGUCUUCUUGGACCCAAUGGAGCUGGAAAAACUACCGCAAUUAAUUGUUUGACUGGAAUUACACCAGUGACGGCAGGAGAUGCUUUAAUAUAUGGAGAUUCUGUUCGGAGCUCGGUUGGAAUGUCAAAUAUUCGAAGAAUCAUAGGAGUUUGUCCCCAGUUCGAUAUUCUUUGGGAUGCAUUGUCUGGUCAAGAGCACCUCCACCUCUUUGCAAGCAUUAAGGGUUUGCCCCCUUCUUCAAUUGAAUCGGUGGCACAGGAAUCAUUAGCAGAGGUGAGACUCACUGAAUCAGCCAAAAUAAGAGCUGGUAGUUACAGUGGAGGAAUGAAACGCCGCCUUAGUGUUGCGAUUGCCCUAAUUGGUGAUCCGAAGUUAGUCAUAUUGGAUGAACCGACAACUGGUAUGGAUCCAAUCACUCGGAGGCACGUUUGGGAUAUAAUUGAGGAUGCAAAGAAAGGGCGGGCCAUUAUCCUAACUACCCAUUCAAUGGAAGAAGCUGACAUUUUAAGUGACCGCAUAGGAAUCAUGGCAAAGGGUAGGCUUCGCUGCAUUGGAACGUCAAUUAGGUUGAAAUCAAAGUUCGGAACUGGUUUUAUUGCUAAUAUAAGCUUCUCUGGGGGCACUAUUGGAACUCCUGGUAGAGGAGAAGAUGUUACCAUGAUGCAUCAUGAGACUGUGAAACAAUUCUUUAAAUAUCAUUUGGAUGUGGUACCAAAAGAGGAGAACAAGGCAUUCUUGACCUAUGUCAUUCCCCAUGACAAGGAGGAGCUAAUGAUGAAUUUCUUUGCAGAGCUCCAAGAUAGACAGGGAGAAUUCGGCAUAGCAGAUAUCCAACUCGGACUUACAACUCUUGAAGAAGUUUUCCUAAACAUUGCAAAGCAAGCAGAGCUGGAAUCUGCUGCAGCAGAGGGGAGCUUGGCAACUCUAACUUUGACUUCUGGAAAUUCAGUUCAGAUACCUGUCGGAGCCAGGUUCGUCGGGAUUCCAGGAACAGAAUCUGCAGAGAAUCCGAGAGGUGUUAUGGUUGAAGUAUACUGGGAUCAAGACGAUUCCGGUGCCCUCUGCAUUUCUGGUAACUCUCCUGAAACUCCAAUACCAUCUCAUGUUCAACUAGUGGCUUCUUCAGCAAUCAAUUCCAACAGAACUAUCUUAGGCCGAGCAGGACCGGUUCAAGGAAUCGUCAUUGAUCCAAAUCAAAUUGGUACUAUAAAUUCUCAAUGAUAUUGUUGAUAUAUAGUUUGAUGUAGUUGCUAUUUUCUUUUUCUUUUUUUUUCUUCUUUUUUUUUUUGUUGUUG